GAGUCACAGAGGAAGCUCUGGUCUUGGUCGGAUGCACAAAUCCGUGUAGUGCUUUCUGCCCGUUGCCUAGACGAUCACUUGGUUUCUCUGAGGAUGUCUGGUUCUCGUAAAGAGUUUGAUGUGAAACAGAUUUUGAAAAUCAGAUGGAGGUGGUUUGGCCAUCAGGCAUCAGCUCCUAAUUCUACAGUUGACAGCCAACAGGGAGAAUUUUGGAAUCGAGGACAGACCGGCGCAAGCGGUGGGAGAAAGUUUUUAGAUCCAUGUAGCCUACAAUUGCCUUUGGCUUCAAUUGGUUACCGAAGGUCCAGCCAACUGGAUUUUCAGAAUUCACCUUCUUGGCCAAUGGCAUCCACCUCUGAAGUCCCCGCAUUUGAGUUUACAGCUGAAGAUUGUGGCGGUGCACACUGGCUGGAUAGACCAGAAGUGGAUGAUGGCACUAGCGAAGAAGAAAAUGAAUCUGAUUCCAGUUCAUGCAGGACUUCCGGGAGCAGUCAGACGCUGUCUUCCUGCCAUACCAUGGAGCCAUGCUCAUCGGAUGAAUUCUUCCAAGCCCUGAACCAUGCUGAGCAGACCUUUAAAAAAAUGGAAAACUAUCUGAGACAUAAACAGUUAUGUGAUGUGAUUCUAGUCGCUGGUGAUCGUAGAAUUCCAGCCCACAGAUUGGUGUUGUCCUCCGUCUCGGAUUAUUUCGCCGCCAUGUUUACUAAUGACGUUAGAGAAGCAAGACAGGAAGAGGUGAAGAUGGAAGGCGUCGAGCCGAAUUCGCUGUGGUCCUUGAUUCAGUACGCGUACACAGGCCGCCUGGAGCUGAAGGAAGAGAACAUCGAGUGCUUGCUGUCCACGGCCUGCCUCCUGCAGCUCUCGCACGUCGUGGAGGCGUGCUGCAAGUUCCUGAUGAAGCAGCUCCACCCCUCCAACUGCCUCGGCAUCCGCUCUUUCGCCGACGCCCAAGGCUGUACAGAUUUGCACAAGGUGGCUCACAAUUACACGAUGGAGCACUUCAUGGAAGUAAUCAGAAACCAGGAAUUUGUGUUAUUACCAGCCAGCGAAAUCGCGAAGCUCUUGGCCAGUGACGACAUGAACAUUCCCAACGAGGAGACAAUCCUGAAUGCCCUUCUCACUUGGGUCCGCCACGAUUUGGAGCAAAGACGGAAAGACCUCAGUAAGCUUUUGGCUUAUAUUAGGCUACCCCUUCUUGCACCACAGUUCUUGGCAGACAUGGAAAACAAUGCCCUUUUUCGGGAUGAUAUAGAAUGUCAGAAACUCAUUAUGGAAGCCAUGAAGUAUCACUUGUUGCCAGAGAGACGACCCAUGUUACAAAGUCCUCGGACGAAGCCUAGGAAGUCGACUGUUGGCACCUUAUUCGCAGUUGGAGGAAUGGAUUCCACCAAAGGAGCAACGAGCAUCGAGAAGUACGACCUCCGUACAAAUAUGUGGACCCCGGUAGCGAACAUGAACGGGCGGAGGCUGCAGUUUGGUGUCGCGGUGUUAGAUGACAAACUGUACGUGGUGGGGGGCCGCGACGGGCUGAAGACGCUGAACACUGUCGAGUGCUACAACCCCAAGACGAAAACCUGGAGCGUGAUGCCGCCCAUGUCCACACACCGGCACGGCCUCGGCGUGGCUGUACUGGAAGGCCCCAUGUAUGCGGUCGGAGGGCAUGAUGGCUGGAGCUACCUGAACACGGUGGAGAGGUGGGACCCUCAGGCCCGCCAGUGGAAUUUCGUUGCUACGAUGUCCACCCCCAGGAGCACAGUAGGCGUGGCAGUACUGAGUGGAAAACUUUACGCAGUUGGUGGUCGCGACGGAAGUUCCUGCCUCAAGUCCGUAGAGUGUUUUGACCCUCACACGAACAAGUGGACGCCGUGCGCACAGAUGUCCAAGAGGAGAGGCGGCGUGGGGGUCACGACCUGGAACGGGCUGCUCUAUGCCAUCGGAGGCCAUGACGCCCCCGCUUCCAACCUGACUUCCCGGCUCUCGGACUGCGUGGAGAGAUACGACCCCAAAACAGACAUGUGGACCGCGGUGGCGUCCAUGAGCAUCAGCCGGGACGCGGUGGGCGUCUGUUUACUGGGCGAUAAGCUGUAUGCAGUGGGCGGGUAUGACGGACAGACUUACCUUAACACGGUGGAGGCUUACGACCCCCAGACGAACGAGUGGACCCAGAAACUCCGUAGCAAAGCUACAGAGAAGACCAAGGGGAGUGAGCUAGUCCAACAAAGAAUCCCUUUAUCUCUGAAACUUUCUGAUCAAUAAGGCAUUGAGCCAAACAGUAGGGAGACUGAAAUCUACAAAACUAGAUCAUACAACAAAGGAGGUAGAGGAUGUGGGUUCCUGGAAGACACAGUCGGGAUAUUUCUGUAUCAG